GCAGUCGGAAUCUGGCUUCCAAGUGCAGUAGUGGGAUUACGAUGCGUUGCUACGUGACUAGAUGAAUGUAAUUUGCACUUAUCGGUGGAUGAGCGCAGAUUUUCGACAACCUUGAUAAGACGCACUCAGUUACCGAUGUUGCUCGGCGGCAGCCAUUUAGAGGAGAUCUUGAAGGGACCGGUCGUCGUCACGGCGUCGUGGGUCAGCUCUUGUCACGCUGCAGCAGUUCGCGGGGGGAGUCAAGUGUAACAGAUAAAUUUGGGGUUUCUUGUUUUUUGGGGGCGAGGGUGGCGAAAAAAAUUGUUGAGUUCAGUCGGCGUUGUCGUCGAUCGGGCAGUGGAUUUAUCUAAAUUUUGACCGCGAUCUUCGGAUAUAUGUUGCGUUGUCGGCGUUCAUUUCACGUUAUGUAGGUGAGUGCAACCAGUGUGUUGUGAAAAGUUUUUUUUUCUGCAAUCGUCUGAGCUCGACGGUAGAUGAUUAGCGAACUGGUGUCACCGCGGAACAUUAGUUUGAUACCAGACGUCGACGGAAUCGGAUUACGGAAUGUUGCUAGUGCUAAGUGUAUUGAUCGUGGUGCUUUGUUGUGUGCUUUACGUGAGCCAUCGACGGAAGUACCGAUUCGCGGAUGCUGUGCCAAGCCUUCAGCCGGUCUACCCUCUGUUGGGAAAUGCGGAUAUUAUGUGGAAAAGUGAUACCGAGAGGUUCGAAACUAUCGUGAAGAUUUUUAGCGAGCAUGAUCGGAUGGUGAAGGUCUGGGCAGGACCUCAGAUGCUGCUCUUUACGUGCCAUCCAGAUCUGGUGCAGCAGAUCCUGUCUAGUAGUGAUUGUUUGGAGAAGCCGUUCCUGUAUAGCUUCGCUGGGUUUGAGCGAGGACUAUUCACAUCCAAAUACAAACUAUGGCGCAGCAUGCGCAAACGGCUCAACUCCAGCUUCAAUCUGCGCAUUCUGCACGGUUUCAUUCCGGUGUUCGUGCAGUGCGCUCGGAAAAUGGUUGAAGAUCUGAACGAAAAUCCCGACGGAACGGUGGUCAGCAUGCACAAGUUCACCUCGGUUUGCACGCUGGAAAUGGCCUGCGGAACGACGUUGGGUAGUGACAUCACCCGGCGGGCGGGGAAGGAAGAGUUUGUUCACGGUUUGGAUAUCGCAUUUGGAGAAGCGGCCCGAAGAAUGGUGAGCGUUCAUCUAUAUCCGAAUAUCGUGUACCACUUGACCAAAUACCACAGGGAGCUGGUGCAAGCUCGAGCGACUGUGUGCGGCUUCUUCAAUAGGCUUGUCACCGAGAGACGAAUUACAAUGGAUCUAAAUUGUAAUAAAAAGAGUAGUGUGGAGGAUCUAGAUUUCGAUCGUAAACCGAAAAUUCUGAUUGAUCAAUUGUUGAGCAUAAGUCGGGAUGGAAAAUCCUUCAGUGAUACCGAAAUUAAUGAUAACAUCUAUGCGGUCAUCACCGGGGCCAACGACACAUCGGGACUGUUGAUCGCUCACGCCUGCCUGUUCCUGUGCUUCUACAAGGACAUCGAGGAGAAACUAUUUGCCGAGAUCAUGGAGUUCAUGCCAAACGAGGAAUUCGAAAUCAGCCCGGAAAGCUUGAAGCAGAUGAGUUACCUGGAGAAAUUCCUGAAAGAAUGUCUCCGUCAUUGUCCCGUAGCGCCAAAUAUUUCCCGUGAAAACAUGGCGGAAAUUGAAGUCGACGGCAUGAAAGUUCCACCCGGAAAUAUUUUCAUCAUGAACUUCUACGCCCUGCACCGGCGGAAGGACAUUUGGGGUCCAGAUGCGGACAAGUUCGAUCCGGAGCAGUUUUCCGAAGAGCGUUCAAAGAAUCGGCACCCAUUCGCGUAUCUGCCCUUCAGCGGAGGAAAUCGGAUAUGCAUCGGAUGGCGCUACGCGAUGUUCAGCAUGAAGGUGAUGUUGAUCUAUCUGGUUAGGAACUUCCAAUUCGAGACCGAGAUUCGGCCGGAGCAGGUUCGCUACCGGCACGAUCUGACGAUGAAGUUGCCAUUCGAUCACAUGAUAAAGGUGACCAAGAGGAAGCUGGAGGGAUCGAUGGUUACGAGUGAUAUUUUGAAACAUCCUGAACUGGUGCCAAGGGAAGGAAGGGAAUAGGUUUGAAGGUGGAGUUAGUUAUUAUUUUAUUGGAAACCUGUACAUAGAGUUUUA